GUAGAAAGUCACGUGCUAUAUAUUGUAUGCGCGUGGUUAAAAAGUUAUAAUACAGAACAUGCCCGUGGUUGACAGUGGCAAGUUGAGGUUUGAUACGAGAUCGAACCAGCCAGCCAUGGAGUAAAAGUUUGCAAUUUUCCAUCGGCCAGUUCUCCCAAGAGCUUCAAUGGCGGCGCGUUUAUCAUUCUGCAAGUCGAAAAUCCGACUACUUUCUCCUGUCUUUGUUCGAAGCUUCACCACCGUCGCGGCCUCUCUCAAGCGGAGGCCACCGUUGGCCGCGUAUCCGGAGAGGCAGCUUCCGAUGCUCUGUUCAGGGCCUGAACACUUGAGUGGCUUUAUUGGGCUGCGGGAGUAUCACGACGGGAGGCCGAGAGGCCCGCUGUGGCGAGGGAAGAAGCUCAUAGGGAAGGAAGCGCUGUUCGUGGUACAGGGGUUGAAGAGGCUCAAGCACGACGAGGAGAAGCUCGAUGGGUUCGUCAAGACCCACGUCUCCAGGCUGUUAAAGCUCGACAUGAUCGCCGUCCUCGGGGAGCUCGAGCGCCAGGAGGAGGUGUCUUUGGCCAUCAAGAUGUUUAGGAUCAUCCAAAAGCAAGAUUGGUACAAGCCUGACAUCUACCUUUACAAGGAUCUAAUAAUAGCACUGGCUAGGGCUCGGAAGAUGGAUGAGGCCAUGCAACUCUGGGAGAACAUGAAGAAGGAGCGGCUGUUCCCUGAUUCUCAGACAUACACCGAAGUUAUAAGAGGGUUUCUGAGGCAAGGGUCUCCUGCAGAUGCGAUGAACAUUUACGAGGACAUGAAGUUGUCUCCAGACCCUCCUGAGGAGUUGCCCUUCAGGAUACUGUUGAAGGGUCUUCUACCUCAUCCGCUCCUGAGAAACAGAGUGAAGCAGGACUUCGAGGAGCUCUUUCCUGAGCGGCAUAUUUAUGAUCCACCUGAAGAGAUAUUUGGAAUUCGCUGAGAUUUGUUCUUCUUUCUGCCAUCCUUGGCACAUUCCCUGCACAAAACUUGCCCUAGACUUAAGUGGCAUAUCGGAAAGUGCAGGUUGAUAGUGCUAAGUUUUUUGGGUUGAAAGAAACCCGACCAGAAGUGGAGUCUUCUGGAGUUUAUGGGAGAUGUCUACCUGGAAGCUGACCCCUGUUGAAUCUCACGCAAAAAAUGGAUGCUGGGAAAAGACGGGGCGGUCUGGUGAAUCUUUUAAGAGCUAUUCCUUUGCCAGGCUUUAGUAAAGUGAUUUAGUGACAAUCUUACCGUCUGCAGACAUUACUGUUGAAGUGCGUAAUGGAAUACCAAUUUAGAACUGACGUUGUGAUCAAAAGGGGAGGCAUAUAUUUACCAAAUGGAAAGUUCGUCGAUGCAGUUGUCUGAUGUCUGUGAGGAGCUGUAAUUUGCACGGUCUAGUUUGCUCGAGCUGCUCAAUUACAUUUCAUGUUCACAUGAUGAACUGCUCUUAAAUGUUUGAGACAUUAUGGGAGUGUGAUUGUCCAUUCCACCGUCAGUAAGGUUGAUAAAUAUACUCGCGAUAAGGUCAUUUUUCGAUUAA